CAUUAUGAUAUUUUCUUCAAAUAGAUUGCUUCCAUGUGUGACGGAACAUUUACUUGCGGAAAUAGUUCAACUGACAGUAACUGAUAUUACAAAAGCAAUUGAGUGGUUGCAAUGCUCAUACUUGUAUGUUAGAAUGAAAAAGAACCCUGAGAACUAUUCAAUUAAGAAAGGAAUUUCUGGUGAUCGUUUAGUGAAGCAUGUUCAAGAUAUUUGUGUUAAGAAAGUUAACGAGUUAUCUCAGCACCAAAUGGUAGAGAUUGAUGAAGAUGGUUUCCUCUUGAGCCCAUUAGAUCCUGGGAGGCUAAUGACAGUAUUAUUUGAGAUUUGAUACUAUGAAACAGAUAAUGAGGACACCUGAAAACUGCUGUCUAGAAGAUGCGCUUCAUGUUAUUUGCUCUGCAGAAGAAAUUACUUGUGCGGAUAUUCUCAUUAACUGUUUUAGUGUCUAAUGCAAAUAUGUUUCUUCAUUAAGUAUUGAUAUAGUGUUGUACCCGUAAAAUGAAGGGAUACAGCUAAGACACAAUGAGAAGAAGUUUUGUCAUUUGUUGUUGGAUAAUUUUAAAGCUGGGACUAUGUCCCAUAGUUUUAUCGUGAUUCUCCAUAGAGCUUUGAUUUCUUGUAUGAAUAGAGCUUUGUCUAGUCAUGUUUCAUUCAAAAGCAAGCUUAUUCUAAUGAAAACCGACAAGUUU